AUGUCACCUCGAAAGGAGCCAACACCGCCAAACCUCAAAAGCACAAUAAAAGCCUCUGGCGCCCGUAGGAGCAUGCAAUGUUCUGCUAAAGAACUCACCGAUAUCCAGAACAAAUGGUGGUCGCAAAUGAUGCCUCAAACUGGAAUCAACAGGGAGCUUGUGGAGGAGGUGAAGUCCCUCAACAAAUCGCGGAUGUACCAAGAUAUCAGGCCUUUAAGAAAUCAAGAGAAUUUAUCAUGA